AUGCCGAAAGAACGCAAUUUCAACCCCGUGCAAGAGCAGCGCAAAGCAGACAAGGCCAAGGCCAUCAAGAAGGGGAAAGCAGAGGCGACCUCGCGUCGGAAUGAGAAGCUCUCGAAACGGAACCCCGAGCGCAUACAAAAACAAAUCGACGACCUGAAGCAGAUCACUUCGGCCGGCGGCAAGCUCACGAAACACGAGGAGGCGGUACUAGAAGGACUCGGGCGUGACCUCAAGCAAGUCAACAAGGCGAGAGAGACACUAGGAGACAAAGCACCGACCUUUGGGCGCGGUGGUCCUCGGAGGGAUGGCGAAGACCGUGGAGUACUAGGCAAGAGGAGAAGAGGCGGCGACGAUGCGGCGAGCAGCGACGACGAUGUGCCAGACGACGUCAAGAGCAUACCGAUGCCAAGGGAUACACCGCCGCCGAUCCCGAAAGAAGUCCUCGACCAAUGGUACGCGAAGCGCAGAGCGGCAAGAGCUGCGAACGCGACCAGCGCAACCAACGCGAACGAAACACCAUUGGGGGAGCGGGAGGGCCGGCCACCCCGGCACCAAGAAGCGACACCUGCACCAGUCGAGGUCAAGACGGUGUACGAGGCGAAGCCUAUGGUACGCGACUUGCGGAAAGAGGCUGUCAGUGCAUUCGUACCUACGGCUGUGCGGAUGAAGAUGGAGAAAGGCAGAGGCCAGGGCGGUCUGAUGGAGCCAGAAGAGGCGGACCGACUAGAAAGGGAAGGCUACUUGAAGACGGCACCCCAGAGGGAUGUAGCAGAGCGGGCUACAACAGGGCCUCAGGGAGUCACGAUGGAGGAAGUCGAGGAUCAGGAAGAGUGA